UUGAAUAAUUUUUCCGCCAUGAACGGGUCUCGUUUCACGCAUUUCAUUCAGCUCCUCUUCAUGCUGCACGCAGUUUCCAGCUCGCACUUUUGUACAGGACAAGCGCAGCUUUCCGGCCGCUUCUGUGCCCCUCGGCGCCACCGUUCUUGCAUACCCCGCUGCUUCUCUUCGACGCCGUGUACCCUCGCCGCCGCUAUUCCUUUCUGACCCCCAUUCCGGCUUGGUUUCUCUUCAACCUUUCCCUGCUUUCCCUCUAUCUCUCCAAUUUCCAUUCAUGGCAGCAAAGCUCCCAGCUGUGAAAACGUUUCCACCUUCUUAUUGCAUCCAAAAUCUCAUCCCCAUCUUCCCAUCUCGCUAUCUCUCCACCCAAACCUCCCUCUCCUCUUCACCUUCUUGUUCCUCCCCCAAUCCCCAACCCCUCUUAACCAAAUUUCUCCACCUCUUCCACCAUAAAAAGUUCAUUUCCGCCAAAAACACCCUCAGAUCCUUCGCUUGCUUUGACGAAACUCACUCCUACCAUUUCCCUUCCCUCGCUUCCUCCAUUCUCAAUUCAUGCAACGACGCCGGCAUCUCCCCAUCCGAAGCUUUUGACAUGCUGUUUCGCGUCUAUUCGGACAACAACAACCUCGAAAGAGCACUCGCGACAUUUGAAUUCAUGAUGAAGACAUUUGGCGCCGUUUCUAGUAGAUCUUGCAGUGUCUAUAUCCAGGCCCUGAGGCGUUGCGGACGGAUGAAUUCAGCCGUCGAAUUCUUCCAAAGGAUACUUCAAUCGGAUGCCGUUGAUGUGUCUGUGUACACAACCUCAAUUUUAGUUGAUGGUCUGUGUAAGAAUGGUGAGGUUGAGGCUGCACGAAAGGUGCUCGAUGAAAUGCGUAAGAAAGGAUUGCUGUGUAACAUCUUCUCUUACAAUUCAUUGAUUGAGGCUUACGGUAAAAGAGGAGAUUUUGAUUCAUUGAACGAGGUUUUGGCCCUUGUUGAGGAGAAUAAAAUUGAACAAAAUGCUGUUACAUUUGCUGUUCUGAUCGAUGCAUUUUCAUCUCAUGGGAAGUUAGAGAAGGCCGAAAAGGCCUUUGAAGAGGUGAGCAAAAGAGGAUUGAAUGUUGAUAUUUUCUUGUAUACUUCAAUGAUUAAUGCCUAUUGCAGAGAAGGUAUCAUGAGGAAGGCAUUCACUCUUUUUGAUGAAUGUGUUGAGAGAGGAAUUCAGCCCACUGAGAAGACAUAUGGUACAUUAAUCAAUGGGCUUUGCAAGGCCGGGCAGAUCGAAGCAGCAGAGAUAUUACUAACUGAGAUGCAGCAGAAGGGAUUUGAUGUGAAUUUAGUAAUCUUCAAUACGCUUGUUGAUGGAUACUGCAAGAAAGGAAUGAUGAACAAAGCUCUUGAAUUAAAAGAGGUGAUUGAGAAGAAGGGGCUCGAGCUAGAUAUAUACCUCUACAAUACUAUUGCUGCUGGGCUGUGCAGAUCGAACCAGAAUAAGGAAGCGGCGAAACUUCUAAAUGCCAUGAUUGAUAAAGGGAUUGCUCCCAACACUGUGACCUACACAACGAUGAUCGACAUACAUUGCAAGGCAGGAGAUUUGGUGGAAGCAAGGCGUUUGUUUGGAGAGAUGGAUGAAAAGGGACUGGAGCGUAAUGUUGUUAGCUAUAAUGUAAUGAUUGAUGGGUACUGCAAGAAAGGAAAUGUAAGGGAAGCUGAGAGGUUGAAAAAGGAGAUGGAGAAAAGAUGGAUUUUGGCAGAUGUUUACACAUAUACAUCAUUGAUUCACGGGAAUUGCAUUACUGGGAAGGUGGAUGUAGGGAUGGAGUUGUUUGAGGAGAUGAAGCAGAGAGGUAUAGUUGCAAAUGUUGUGGCAUAUACAGCACUGAUAUCAGGGUUGUCAAAACAAGGAAGAUCGGAUGAGGCGCUUAGAUUAUAUGAUAAGAUGUUGGAGAUAGGACUGGUCCCAGAUGAUUCAGUCUAUUCAGCUAUUGUGGGCAGCUUUCAUAGCACAAAUCAAACUUGUUCAUAUUCUCUGAUUGCCAAGUGAGCUGAUUUAAGGUCUUUUUGGUCGUUUGCAUUUGUAAGGUACCACAUUUCAGUUUUUUAGGGAUUUGAAGUAACCAAAAUCUUUGUUUUUACUGCAUUUGAAAAUUGUUCAGAUUGAGCAAUUACAAAAUCCCUAUGACAUUUCUAAAAUAAAUGUAUUUUAAAAAUA